CGUUUUUCUCGAUACGUAUGUGAUUUACUCUUCGGGCAUGUUUCCGUCGAGUUUCAGUACGGUUCAGAGUCCAGUGCGCGCUAUAUUGAGAACGUCUAUUUUUAUAUCGGCGGAGCGAGCUCUGUGAUCUCGCCGCCAUCUGUGAAGCGGCAUGAAACGCUUCUUCACGGAGCGGAGCUCGCGCGCACCUCCUCGACCUCGGUCCCCCGGGUGCCCAUGGGUUUGCCUUGCUCCGCGGGGAGGAAGGAGUGGACGUUCGCGAUCGGCGUUUCUACGAUGCGUGUGACGAGCGGUGUCCUUCGCUGCGUGCGUUUGCUACGUCGUCGUGCCGAUUAAUCGUGCGCCGAUCGGAUAAUCGUAUUCCGAUCCAGUUGCGCGUUGGUACACACUGCAGCCAAACGAGUGUAUACUUAUCGCCGCGCGUGGACAGUGGACACUGACACUGGGAAUACUGGGAUGCUGUUGCAGUGAUCUUCGUUGGAACGCCGUUUCGCAGCCUCACCCUCGCGAGUCGCACCUGCGGCGGCCCUGCUAGAAGAGCCACGGAGAGCGAUGACUCUCUUGUGGAGUGACACUCGUCUGUGCACGACAUUCGAUCCCAAUACGAGCUCUAGAGAGACAAGAGACGACUGGUAUCCCGCGAGGAAAUGACAUUACACGCUCGUAUCCGCAUCCGUGGAGGUAUACACUAGCUAAGCUCAGUUACUCAACACACUUGUCCUUGUCGGUGUUCUACUCGAGAGCGACAAAGAAAGAGAGACAGAGAGAAAGAGAGACGAGAGACGCCGGUCCGGCGGGUAUCUGGCGAGACGCGGAGCACGGUACAACAUGCCUUCUACUUGCGGUGACAUGAUCGACACGGCUGCUGCCUCGCAAUCGGGCAUCAUGGAAGGUAUUUCCAGUACAGACAGCGUAGGAACGCAGAGCGACAUAUCAGGGCACACAACGGUGCCAGGCAGGCCUCGAAUGGACGUGGCCUGCGUCUUGGACUUGCAACAGUCGGAACAUCUCGCUCAACGAAAGAAAGCACUGGACGAAGUUAGACAGGCCUGCAAUUUGGUAAACGCCAACAUGCAUCACGUUCAGUUCGAGAAGCUUGAUUUUGGCGAAACUAAUGUGCUGGACACAUUUUAUAACGCUGAUGUGGCAGUUGUAGAUUUAAGCAUACAGCUGCAACAGUCUGCGCUGUUUUAUCAUCUUGGUGUCAGGGAAAGCUUCGGAAUGAAGGAGAACAUUUUGCUGUACAAUGACAUAGACACGGAAGCUACAAUUAGACUUAAACUAUCUUGUGGCAGUUACACAUUUGUUUCGUAUCGCGUUGUGGAAUCGUGUGGUUCGUGUGUAGCUACUAACCCAGCCACCAGCAGAAUUACAGGUGAAGAAGCAAUAGAUCCUAAACAGCAUCUCACUCUGAAACUCAAGAAAUUGUUUCAGGAUGUAGAAGUACAAUCCAAAGCCCAUAUGAAGGAAAAAUUUCUGGCAGAUCUACGCAAGGCGCGUGAGACAUAUUCUGGAGAAGAACUAUCCAGAGCUCUGAAUAACAUGCGCAAACGUUUGGAUGAUCCAAAUGUUUUAUCAGGAGAGGUCGUUUUAAAUGUUCUCAUUUCAUUCCGGGAAAUACAAGAUUACGAUGCAAUGGUACAAUUGGUUGACGAUUUGAGAACCAUACCGACUCACAAGAAUUAUAUAAAUACUCCAGCUAUAAGAUAUUUAUACGCAUUUGCGCUAAAUCGACGAAACAAAGAGGGCGAUCGAGAAAGAGCAUUAAAGGUUAUCGAGAAAGCUUUGGAAAAAAAGGAAAAUCAUGUUCCUGACAUGUUGUGUUUAUGUGGAAGAAUAUAUAAAGACAAAUUUGUAGAGAGCAGACAUACAGAUCAAGAGAGUUUGAAGAAUGCGAUCCACUGGUACAGAAAAGGUUUUGAGGUUCAACCUAACGAAUAUGCUGGUAUAAAUCUUGCCACUUUAUUGGUCAUAGCUGGAAAUGAGUUUUCUAAAAGUGAGGAGUUACAGCAUAUAGGAAUGGUAUUAAACAACUUGAUUGGCAAGAAAGGCAGUUUACCGAGCUUAAAAGAUUAUUGGGAUGUAGCGACGUUUUUUGAAAUUAGCGUAUUAGCAGAGGAUUAUUCAAAGGCUUUACAAGCAGCUGAAUGUAUGUUUAAAUUGAAGCCACCAAAUUGGUAUUUGAAAUCGACAAUUGGCAACAUAUCACUGAUAGAUAGGUUUCGUAAAAAGAAUGAGGAAGCUGAAGUCGCGCCAGAGGAACAGAUAUUUAGUUUCUGGAUGGACUACUUUGUCGAAGCUACAAAGCCGGAGGUUCGCGAUAGUAUACGGUUUCCAAUUUUAGUGUUGGAGCCAACAAAGAUUUUAAUGCCGAGUUACGUAAACGUGAAUCUUGGCGCGGAGGAGAAGUCUAUACAAAUAUGGAAUUUGUGUCUGGAUAAUAUGAGAAACAAUUGCAAGCAAGUUCAUGAUUGGUUAUUCACCGCAAAUAUGAUACGCAGCGUAAGCUUGUAUAAAAGGGAUGAGAGAUGUCUUUUUCUGUACGUGCAUCAAAACUCAGAUGAUUUUCAAAUGUAUCUACCAUCAGUACAAUGUAGACAAAGAUUUUAUGACUUGAUCUUAGAAAUGACUAGGGAUCAAGAAGGCAUGGUUACAGAUUUAGAUGCUUACAUGACUGAUGAUCGUAUGAAGUUUGAAUAUGAACUGGAUGACCAAAAUAAGCGCAUAAUUCUUGGCAAAGGUACAUACGGCGUGGUAUACGCAGCACGCGAUUUAGAUACGCAAGUCAGGAUUGCCGUGAAAGAAAUUCGUGAACGAAAUUUAGGCGAUGUGCAGCCUCUUCACGAAGAAAUUAAAUUGCACAGCCAAUUGAGGCAUAGAAAUAUCGUCCAAUAUUUGGGGUCAGUAAGUGAGGAUGGCUAUUUCAAAAUCUUUAUGGAGCAAGUACCUGGAGGAAGUUUAUCAGCUUUGCUACGAUCAAAAUGGGGUCCUUUGAAAGAGAAUGAAUCAACCAUCUCAUAUUAUACUAAACAAAUGUUGGAGGGCCUUAAAUAUCUCCAUGAUCAAAAAAUAGUUCAUAGAGAUAUAAAAGGUGAUAACGUGUUGGUAAAUACAUACAGUGGAGUUGUGAAGAUUUCUGAUUUUGGUAUGUCCAAACGUUUGGCUGGCUUAUGUCCGAGUACGGAAACAUUUACUGGGACAUUACAAUACAUGGCGCCAGAAGUUAUUGACAAAGGUCAACGUGGUUACGGUGCUCCUGCGGAUAUUUGGUCUUUAGGUUGCACAAUCGUUGAAAUGGCCACUGGAAAGCCUCCAUUUAUUGAACUAGGUUCUCCACAAGCAGCUGUUUUCAAAGUAGGAUAUUACAAAAUACAUCCUGAGAUACCAUCGGAGUUAUCUGAGAAAGCAAAAAGUUUUAUAUUGCGUUGUUUUGAGCCGAAUCCUGAUAUAAGAGCAACUGCUGCAGAGCUGUUGGAGGAUCCAUUUCUUAAUGAGAAGAAGAAGAGUAAUAGAUUAGUCGCACCGCCAGAUUUCAGUAGAAGUAUAUCAGUACCUGCAGAUAGAUUGGAACGUUUGGGAAAAUGCGAUAAAACUAAUAACAAUCACAUUGUCACUGCCACACCUAUGGUGAUGUCUCAAUCGGAUGAUAGUGGAGGGUUAACGAAGUCAAGCCCAUUGAGAGAACGCAGUCCGGCCCACCUAUUGUCCCCCAUCAGCAUGCCUUCUGCAACCCUCUCUUUUAACAGUACAAUAGGAAAUACCCCCUCGAUAGAAACUAGCGAAACUGAUACUGCCGGCACCUCAAUAACUAGAAGAAGUUCGUCUGGUGGACUGUUAUCGCCAGAAGUUGAAUUAGGGGGACAGCCAGGACAAAAAUCUGGAGAGGAGCAAGAGGGCUUUUAUCUGUUAAAGAAAGAUAGCCAAAGACGUAUGACAUUAACGAGGGUUCUCAACCAAGACGAGGCAAAAAUUUGCGAAGUUUGGAUGAGAGGCAUACAUCAAGCGGAGGGACAAACGAUGUUGCAAAUGAGUCAUUUAGUGUUACUCAUGCGCGGCUUGAGGGAUUAUAUCGCGGAACAAAAUCAAGAAGUAAUAGUAACUGCUAUUCGAACGUUAAAAGAGGAAUUGGAUUUCGAUUCGACCGCUAUUAAUCAUUUACAUUUGGCUAUUUAUUUAUUUCAAACGGCAGUAAAUGAAGUCCUUAGAAUGCACAGUAUAAAACCUCAUUGGAUGUUCGCUUUAGACAAUUUAGUAAGAAAUGCUGUUCAGGCUGCUAUCACUGUCUUAUCUCCCGAACUGGGAGCUAACUUAUUGGGACAAGAACGAGUGCAACCUGGUGGUCAAGGUCCCGAGGAAGGAUCAACGUCUGGAGUAUCAACAGUUAACUCUGUGAAAUCCCAAAAGACCGGUGACUCCAUUGAUAAUAAGUAUUGGAAAGAAUAUAGAGAUCAAAUGGGAGCACUAAAAAUGGAAAAUAUGAAACUACUUCAGGAAUUGAUAGAAAGUCAGAAAUCGUAUCAAACGUUACUGCAACAAGCUCUUGAAGAGCAAAGAGCCCAAGUUAAUACACUGACACAUCUAUGUGAAAAUAUUAAUAGAAGAACAACAAGAGAGGAAUCAGGUUACAAUUCUUCAUUUUUUGGAAAUGUAUCUCAACAAGCAGCAUCUUCACUGAUCACCGAUACUCACAGUACUGUUUCACAUCCGGAUACAGCCCUUGUCGAUUGGUUACAGAAUCUUCAAGUCGAUGAGACAACAAUCGAUAGAUUUUUAUAUGAGGAAUACACAUUAGAAGAUAUUUUGCGUUAUGCUACACGAGACGAUCUUCGCAGAUUAAAUUUAAGGGGAGGAAUUGAACUCAGGAUAUGGCAAGCAAUAUUGAAACAUCGAGAGAAUAAUGGAAAUUAAACUGUUAAGACUAAUACAAUUGUAUAUUUUCCCAUUAAUUUUAGUGAUAAAAUGUUAUUAAUAUUUGGAAUUUAAAGCAGGGUAAAACAUUUGUUUCGAUAUUAGAUUGCCAAAUGAUAAAAAUAUAUGAUGAUCUAAAUCUCAGCUGCACAUAUUACGUUAUGUUAGAUAUAAAUUAAAUUUCUAGGGAGAGUUUUUUUCCGUGACACAAUAUUAUAAUGAUAUUACUGAUUUAUUUCGUAGUUCCUAAUAUAGAUUGCUAUUACUGUUUACAGAACAAUUGUAUACAAAUCCAUAUAUACAAUGAUUUAUGUUAACGAAACGUAUUAUAUCUUAACGCUUUUAUCAGAUUUUAAUUACUUUGUCAAAGUUGAAUCGGAAUGUAAGAAACCAGUGUUUGUAACAAAGAAUGUAUUUUAUACAUUAUAUUUUCUUAUUAUACAGGGAAUUUUGCUUCGAUUUUUAAAUUUGGCAUUUAAAUAUCAGGUCAAAUUUAGAAAAAUUGUCCUUACAGAUAAAUCUAAGAAAAAAAUAGUAACGAAAAUGACAAAGAGAUCAUGAAUAUGAAUUAUGAGUAAUAUAUUUGAUACUAUAUUUUAUUCUAAAGUUUGCUGAUGUUGCCUUAUAACAGAAGUAAUAGAUGCUUCCAAUUAUAGAUAAUAAAAUUGAUACAAUUUAUAUACCAUUUAUAUACUAAAUCAGUUUUUACAAAAUAUAGAUAAAUAUAUACACUGUUGAAUAAGCAAAUCUAUUUGCUUAGAAUUUUGCAACUAGAAAAUCUUAAUUAACGAUCUGUAUUUUCAGAAAGUAAUAACUUUAUGUAACAUUUGUUUAUUUGUAAUGUGUAACAUUAUUAUAAAUAUAAUAGAUAGUUACACAGCGUUUUAUCUAACAGGUCUUCCCAAUAUCUCCACAAAUGGGGACGCAAUUAUUCAUAGUGUCUUAUAAAACUUGUUCUACUACAAAAAAAGAUAUUUAUUAUAUAGAAUAAAUGUAGACAUGUGUAGUCGUAUAUUGUUCACAUGAGAUAGUGUGGAACAUUGGUUAUUGAGAUCUUAGGUUCUUGAAGAGUAAAAUUUUAUUUGCGUGAAACUUACAUCUUCUCAGUAUAAAAAUAUUAAUUUUUUGCCGAUUUUGUCAUGUAAAUAAAAUGCUUUUCAUAAUUUGUUAGAAUUUUACGUUGAUUUGUGUUUUAUAAAUUCUAUUAGAGUCGGAGUUUCAAAUUCAAGUUUUGUAGAUAAACGGGUUUUAUAUGACGGAAAAAUCUCGAUUUUUCUUUUAUGCAAUAUAUUGUAAAAAGAAAAAUUUGCUUGUGCUCUUUGUGAUGCACAAUAUAUUUUGUACAGAGAUUUUUUAACAUAUAAUAGUCGAAUUUACACAGGUAUCUAAUUUUAACAAACCCUCGAGAGAAAUCGCUUUCUCUCGAAAACCCGGUGCCUAAUUGUUUCAAAGAUACAUUGUACAAGCUGGAUUCACAGCUUAAUUAUACGCACACUGAUGCAAUACAUGAUCUAAUGACUGACAAAAUUAAUGUUAAUGCGAUAUUUUUGUGUAAUAUACUAAUAUAUUAAAAAUUAUAGAGCGAUAUUCAUAUCGGUACUUGUUUUCAAGUAUUUUGACCGAAAUUAUUUUUGCACAUAAUUAUACAAGCAUUUAAUGAAAUAUUGCAGCAAAAAAUCGGAAAAAAUAAACUUCGAAACAAGUACUACAAUAUAUUGUUAACUAUUACCGUUUUCACUCACAAAAUAAGAUUAAUUAUAAUUGUUGCUCGCAUGUGCGAUCGUUUGUAAUAAAGGAAUGAACAUAUA